CUCUUCCUCCUCCACGACCGAAGAUACCAACUUGUGCGCUAUUCACGCCAAACGUGUCACCAUCAUGCCCAAGGACAUCCAGCUGGCCCGCCGUAUCCGCGAAGCACCCAGGCCUAGCGUGGGCACCUGGCUGCUGGCUGGGGCCCAGCGUGGGGACCUGGCUGCUGAUGGGGGCCCAGCGUGGGAACCUGGCUUUCGGCAGGGUUCCUAUCAGGAUACGGAGGCCAGUCAACUCCU